UGUACGCCUUCUAUAUCACUAUGCAGUUUCUUAUCGGAAGAACAGUCUGUCGGCAGCUUUACUCGCCACUAAGUCGUGGUUUUACGCUGUCACAAAAAAGAAAGUCGCAAAUGAGUCAACAAGUUAUUACAUUAGCAGUGGAAAAUGCCGACUACUUUUUGAAGGACACUAGCAAGUCUGGAAAAGCACUGUGUGUUGGUUUUCAACAGCUAGCAGAACAAUGCCAGGAAGUCACUCCGUUGCUGGACAAAAUUACACGAGAAGCUCCGAAAUUUGAUCUAGAUACAGAAACUCCAGGAAAUGGAUAUAGGAGCUUUGUAAUCAUAUUUAAUGCUUUAUUCAAACGAUGUUCAUCUCUGUGUGAUCUGGUUAAAAGUCAGAGAUCGCAAGCUGUAUUCAACCUGUACAAAUAUUCUUAUAUUCAAGAUCUCAAGUCGUGGAAUGAAAUGCUAGUGUCCUUGAACACUUUUCUCGAGCACCUCAACACUUUGUUGGAAUGGAAUGAGAAGGACCAUGUUCGUUCCCUGUUUCCAUCUGAAACACACUCUUCGCAAGAGUUACUCGAUAAAGCCAGAACCAUUGAAUCAUACAGUUUUUAUGGCCGUCAUGCAGCUUUCCAAUACUGCAACUCCAUAGAGAGUGUUCUGAAGGGUCUGUUGACAAUCAUGGCAGGCUACAGUGAUUAUUACUUUAGCACGUCUCCUCAUCUCUGGCGUGUAGCCAAAAGCCUUUUCAUGAGCACGCAGUAUACUCUUGAUGCCGAACAUCGUGCAAGACGGAUAGUCCACGCAUCCCAGUAUGCAACCGUGGACUUUUGCAAGUCCUUUUGGUUUCUAGCUGAAUCGGAUCUAAUGAAAAAAGUACCUGACCGUAUGUGCCCUGCAAUCAGGGUUAACCAACUCAUUCUCAUCCCACCUGAGCCACUCCAGAUCGACUCCAUGAAAUACAAACCUGUUAAUAUACCUGUCCCCAGCGCCCACGGACCAACAGCACCUAUACAAGUUCGUUUACUGAGUGCAAAAGGCCGACCUGGAAUGCCGGGGCAAAACGAUUACUCUGAAGCGACUGUCUCUGACAGCUUAGUCAUCCAUUGCCAUGGAGGAGGAUUUGUUGCGCAGAGCUCACAGUCGCAUGAAACAUACCUACGUCAUUGGGCGGUUGCCUUGGAUAUACCCAUUCUUUCGAUUGACUACUCUCUAGCACCGGAAUACGCUUUCCCUCGUCAGUUGCAAGAAAUACUCUUUGUUUAUGCGUGGAUACAACGUAACCCAAGCAUAGCGGGAACAACAGCUAAAAAGAUCAUAUUCGCUGGCGAUUCAGCUGGUGCUAAUUUAAUGCUAGGUGUGACAUUGUGGGUUUCGGAUAUGAACUUACGUCUUCCUGACGGUAUCUUUUUGGCAUAUGUUCCAUUGCUGGUUCAGUUUGAACCUUCGCCGUCUCGGCUUCUCUGCCUGUUGGAUCCGUUAUUGCCUUUUGGAUUCAUGAUGCGAUGCCUCAGCGCUUAUGCUGGCCAACCCGAUAUGCUGACUCAGUCCAGCGGUAGGUACACCGAAACUGACGGCAAAGUCAAGGAAAUUGUAAAGAAAGCCGAUUCGUGCUCAUCGUCGCAGGACGCAAGUGAACACCCUGCUAAACAUAAUACUGUUCUUGAACCUGAACUGCUGGAUCGACUGAAGGCGCAUAGCCCUGUAGACGAGUUGGACAUGUUUCGCGUCUCUAGCACUCCACUGAUGUCUCCAUUUUUGGCGUCAGACAGUGCCCUGAAGAAACUUCCGCCUAUAAGUCUUCUUUCGAUCGAGCUCGAUCCUUGUCUGGAUGAUUCUGUCGAGUUUGCAAAAAGGUGUCGUCGUUUAGGUUGUGAUAUUCGCCUCGAUAUCCUUCCAGGGUUACCACACGGGUUUCUCAAUUUCGCUUUGCUCAGCCGUGAAGCCAAGGAAGGAUCAAAGCUGUGUGUCAAAAGAAUUCGCGAACUGUUCAAAAAGUGUAGCGAUGCAGCCCUUUAAAGAAAAAUAGUUGUGAUAUUAGUUGUUUCUUUCUCGUGGUAGUUUACUUAAUUUUCCUUUCAUACUAGUCCUAAUCUUCGCUUUUUCUAAACUCGUCUUACGUGCGUGUAUAAAUGUUUCAUGCAUGCUGAAAAUUUAGUUUGUACAAGACUGGGUAGACAAUGCCAGCAAUUUAGAUUUGAAAUUACUGCAGGGAUUUUUCUUACAAAACUAGUAUGGCUGUUCCAGUUUGCCGAGUAAAGUCCUACAACAUCAAAAAUGGUAUUUAAUGAUUCACGUGAACUGGUUUCCAAAACAAAAUAUGUUUACCUUACUCAACGAGGUUUUUUUCAUAAGUGGAACAAGCUGGUUUGCAGACGGACAAUGGCGGAAAACUUGCAAAAAUUGAAAAUAAAAUGUGCUAAAACUGUAAAGCUGUUUCUAAAAAUAUAGAAUCUGAAUCA